UCUCGUUCCAUCAUUGUCUUUCUCUCUCCGAUCUCUCGCUCCAUGGCGGGCAACCCUCUCAAUAACUCCUGGCCUUGCUUCUCUAAGCUCUGGGUGAAACGAUGGUCCUUCAAAAGAGGUUCGGACUGUAAGCCAUGUGUCCAGCCGAGUUCUCCGCUGUGUGUGGCUGGCUCCUCCUCUUCUGUGUGCCCUGUGUCCAGCACCGAUGACAUUCAUUCACUUUUCUCCUGCGUACCUGAGGACAAGAGUGAUUCUCUGGUCUUUGGUUCCGACCCGGAUGUGGACAGCAGCGUGGAAGACCUGCUGGAACUCAGCUUGUCCCUAAAAGACUCGGAAUACCUGCGAGACCUCCAGGGCGGGAUCGCUCCACGGAGCGCUCCAUCUCUGCUCAGAGCCACCCCAAACUUCACGUACACUCACCAACACGCUCCACACUGUACAACCUGCCUCAGGGCCAGUCACAGCCAAUCACCAUCUGAGCUGGACAUCACCAUGGAAACCGCUCAGACGGCACCAGAGGUCUCCGCAGUCCCCCCGUGUGUGGUCAGUCCAAAGGACUUGGACUCAGAUGAGGAAAGUUUCCCGAUGUUGGUCAGGUCCAUGUCAACAUCACGCAGACACAGCUGGGAGGUGCCUGUGUCUCCCAUUGAUCUGGGCAGGAGACUGAGUCUGGACACGACGGCCAUGGACAGUGACGGUGAGAGGGAGGAGGCCCAGCGCUCCUUCACAUACCCAGAGUGUUUGGAGGAGGAGUGUGACAGCCUGGUGGAAACGGAGGGACCCAGACCAGACACCGCCAGGGCACCGUGUUUUGAGGAACCGCUGAACUCCCACUCAGAGAUACCGGAUGACAAAUCCCACGCUGCACGAGUCUCCCGCAUUCUGGAAACUUCUAAACAGGCGGUGAAGGCACCCGGAGAGGACCAGGAUGUGGAGGACAGCCUGCAGUCUGCAGAGGGACAGAGUCGAAUGCUGAUGGUACAGACAGUUCUGCAGGAGCUUAAACAAUAUCACGGAGCUAAGCAGGGGUCAUCCAGCACAGACAGUAAGGAGUCAUCUGGAAAUGUCACGUGGUACGAGUUUCUGUCCAUCGAAAAUGAGGAAGAGGAGGGUAGAGCCGAGAGACCAGAGAGAGGGACGAAGGUGAAGAGGACUCUGAGCUCUCUGAGGAACAGAAUGACUGGCUCCUUCAACAAAGACAAGGGUAAGAGUCGUGAGAAAGAGAAGGAGAGAGAAAAAGAAAAGGAGAGAGAGAAAGAGAAGGAGAGAGAGUUAAAGGAGAGGGAGAAAGUGCGGCGGAGCAGUAGCAGUGGGCACCACUUUGUGCCCGGGUCCUUCUCCAGCUGUGCCACCUGCUCACUGUGCAGCAAAACACUGCAGAAAAAGCAUGGGCUACAGUGCCUGAACUGUGCCGUGAAUGUGCAUAAGAACUGUAAGAGUUUGUUGACGGAGUGCAGUGGCAGCAAGGCCAGGCCAAAAGACCCUGUGAACAGGACUUCAGGAGCUGGUCCACCUCAUUCCCAGGCACUGAGGGAACCCUGCUCUGCCCUGCCGCCCACUGCUGAUGGCUGGACGCGGACACGAACGCCCCGCACUCCCGGAAUGACCAGGGGAACCAACGCUCUGACCACAGCUCCCAGUAACGCAGCUCACACUCCCAGUACCAGCAACACCUCUGUCCUGGGAGACAUGGAUGAAGUGGACGGGUUCAAGCUGAAGCGGUUUUCUGAAGAUACCGUGUCGCUGGCUCCCUCCACGGCUGAGUCUGUAAUCGUAGAAGAUUCACACUAUGCCUCUUUGCGAGCAGAGUUGGAGUGUGUGGCCCAGGACUUUGAGGCAGAGUCCUGGAGUCUGGCUGUGGAGCAGGCCUUUCUGAAGAAACACUCUAAAGAGACAACCAAGAGACAGGACGUCAUUUAUGAGCUGAUUCAGACUGAGAUGCAUCAUGUGCGGACUCUGAAGAUCAUGCUGUGUGUGUAUGGGCGAGAGCUGCGUGAAACGCUGCAGUUUGACGAGCGGCGCAUAGAUUGUCUCUUUCCGCGACUGGACGGCCUCUUAGACAUCCACACCCACUUCCUGUCCCGCCUUAAAGAUCGCCGGCGAGAGUGUCUUCAGCCGGGCAGCGAGAGGAACUACUGCAUUCACACGCUUGGGGACAUUCUCAUUUCUCAGUUUUCGGGGGAGGUGGGUGACAAGAUGAAGGAUUGUUAUGGAGAUUUCUGCAGCCGGCACAGCGAAGCCGUCAGCUACUACAAAGAAAAGAUGCAGAGCAACAGAAAGUUCCAGAGCCUCAUGAGGAAAAUCAGUAAUCUGUCCAUUGUGAGGAGGCUGGGAGUGCCAGAAUGUAUUCUCUUAGUGACUCAGCGAAUCACCAAAUACCCUGUGUUAGUGGAGCGCAUCCUGCACAACACACCAGUGGGUACAGAGGAGCAUGAGGCGUUGACUGAAGCACUGGGUUUGAUAAAGGACACCAUUGUCCAGGUGGACGCCCAGGUUAACGACUAUGAGAAAGAGUGUCGUCUGAGAGAGAUCGCUGCCAAGAUGGAACCCAAAUCCCUGGGCAAGAUCAAAGAUGGACGAAUUUUCCGGAAGGAGGACAUCUCUCAGGGAAGACGCAAGCUAGUAUAUGAAGGAAUGGUGAACUGGAAGGCUGCCUCUGGCCGACUGAAAGACAUCCUGGCCGUGCUGUGUACAGACGUCCUCUUACUCAUCCAGGAGAAGGACCAGAGAUACGUCUUCUCUGCCGUGGACAACAAGCCAUCGGUGAUCUCCCUGCAAAAGCUGAUAGUGAGGGAGGUGGCCCACGAGGAGAGAGCCAUGUUCCUCAUCUGCGCCUCCUCCAAUGAACCCGAGAUGUAUGAGAUACACACCUCCUCAAAGGAGGAGAGAAACACUUGGAUCUCCCACAUUCGACAGGCUGUGGAGAGUUGUCCUCACACAGAGGAGAGGCUCUACAAUGAGGAAGAGGCGGCUCGAGCCUCAAGAUUCAAGGACUUCCAAGAGCGUCUGUCACAGAAGGACGCCCAGAUCACACAGUGUCUGACCGAGAAGCUCCAGCUCUUUGCCGAUCUGUCCGAGUCUGUGGGUGGCGUGGAGGACACCAGCUCACGCUGUCGCCUCCUGCUCCGAGGAGACACCUCUGACCUGCAGCAGGGAGAGCAGCUCCUCAAAGACGCCAUCACAGACGUGGAGAACUUGCAGAACCUGCUGGGUCCUGUCGUGAGAGACCCUCCUCUGCGUGUGGAUGAGAACCUGGGCUCCGGGACUCCACCCAGGAGAUCUGGCACAUUCGGAGGCUACGACAGCAAUCCUGCCAUCCUCAGGAAGGACUGCAGUGUGAAUAAGACAUUGAGUAAGUCCAGAGACAGAGGCCAACGUGCUGUAUCUGACCCACAGCUUAAAGACAUUGCUACCACCCACAGCCAGGACGAAUCGGCUGAUGAAUCUGACUCUCCUGGAACCUGGAACCCUGUCUUGCCAAAUUCUUUCCCUGGAGCAGAGUUUUUUGACUGUGUGCUCGAGCUGUCUCAGAAACUAUACAGUUUGCAGGCCAUCAUCUCUCAGCAAGACAGUCAUAUUGAGCUACAGCGAGCGUCUCUGUCAGAACGGGAUCGCCCAGGCAGCCGUCUCCGGGGUAACGUCCUUUUGGAGCAGGAGAAACAGCGAAACCUGGAAAAACAGCGGGAAGAGCUCGCUAACUUCCACAAACUGCAAACCCAGCACCGGCAGGAGUUGGCUCGCUGGGAGCGGGAGAGGGAGAAACAUCGGCUGCAGACCCAGGCGAUGGAGGAGCAGCUACAGCUCAGAGAGGAGGAGUGCCGGAGACUGGAGGCACGGCUGGCGGAGGAAAGGAAGGAGCUAGAACGACAGAGGGAGAAAUACCAGCAGGAUCUGGAGCGUCUGAGAGAGUCCACCAGAACGGUGGAGAGAGAGAAAGAGAGAUUGGAACAGCAGAAGAAACUGAAGAAACACAACACUGUCCCCAACGCUGGACUGUUUGGACAGGACGCUGCACAGGUUCCUCUGUCAUCUAGUUUUAACGGAGAGCUAAUGAGGGCGUCUGUGGACCAGACCCUGCCCUCCAAAUCCCUCCUGCGUUCCAGCAUGUCCGUCUCACUGGCCGAUUACCCAGAGCGUCCUGACGUUCCCCCUCGGCGAGAGAGCGGCACCACCACCCUCUCCUCCAAGACAGAGGUCCCUAUCCAUCUCAUCAGCACCACCAACCAACUCCACAAACAGGGUGGAGUCCAGCAACAGAUCCCCACCAAACUGGCCCUCAGUAAAGGCAAGGAGAAGAGCAGCAAGGGGAAGAGUUCUCAUCGCACCGACAGCACAGCAUCUGUUGACAUGAAGCAGAUUCUGCCAGUGAGACUGUCAGCCAGAGACGACAGCCAGAAAACCAGACGCUCUGUCAGUCCACAGCAACAGCACACAGAUCCUCUGAGUCCUCCAGAUUAUAUUUCUGAUGCCCAGUCAAUCCUCACACCCAACGCACAGAAACCAGCCAAUCAGAGCACACCACACACACUGCCCCCUCCGCCCUACACACUCACCGAUGAAUCAGCCAGGGAGGAUGUCAUUUUUUUCUAA